AGUGCUACCAACGGUUAUUCCAAUCCAAACUUGAUGGUGUUUUUGUUUGGUUAUUGGAUUGGUUAUCCAUUUUAUAACUUUUAAAUCAAGUCCGGUUACGUGCAAAAUUUCAGAAAAUUACUUAAGCGCAAUGAGCAUUUAACGCCUAUCGGCCAAAUAUUAUUUAUCGUUUCGUUUGGUAUGAUAAUGGACUCGAAAUUGUUAAACAAGAAUGGUAGCUUGGACGCGGAAAAUCUGAAUUUAAGCCUUGAUAUGGGCGACGAUAUGAAAUUGGACGAGGUGAAUUACGAGAGCGACGUAUCUUCUACUUCGUCCGAAUCGUCAUCCGUCCCUAGUAUUAGUUCAGUGAGCACAAAUUCUUCUGGCAAAGGCCGUCGUUCCAGGCACAAGAGAGGUCGCUCCAGAGACAAGAGUCCUUCGCCGGCUACGAAAAGGCCCCGAUCUCGCGAAAAGGGAAAGAAUUACGAUUAUCUAACAAAACUCAACUAUUUGUUCCGCGACGCACGUUUUUUUGUCAUUAAGUCAAACAAUGCGGAAAAUGUUACCCUCUCCAAAGCCAAAGGAGUGUGGUCUACCUUGCCUCAAAACGAAGCUAACUUGAACCAAGCAUAUAGAGAGUCAAGAAAUGUUUUGUUAAUAUUCUCAGUAAAGGAAAGUGGAAAAUUUGCUGGCUUUGCUAGACUGCACGGAGAAUCCAGACACGAUGUGCCUGCCAUUUCUUGGGUUCUACCGCCGGGCCUUUCGGCCCGGGCCUUGGGCGGAGUGUUCAAAGUGGACUGGAUUUGCCGCAAAGAGCUGCCAUUUUCGAGUACAAUGCACUUGUACAACCCAUGGAAUGACGGCAAACCGGUGAAAAUAGGCCGAGACGGUCAAGAAAUCGAACCGAGGGUGGCGGAGGAGCUGUGCCGUUUGUUUCCCGAAGACGACGGUAUCGAAAUAACUCCCAUUUUAAGGCUAGCCAAAGAGGCCUCGAAGAAAGUUAGUCUGAGGGGCAGGGACGGAAACAGGCAUCCGACAGCGAGGAUGCCUUUGGCCGCCAGGUCAGCGUUCGGGUUUCGAGGACGCGGCUCCUCCUAUUCGAGGAGAAAGUAUUUUCUAACGACGAGGGGUCUCACUUCCUCCACUUAUAGACGUUCGCCUUCGCCUAGGAAUAGAGAUAGGUAUCUACCAUUUUUCGAUCGGGAAUCGCCCCGUCCGUACACGGCUGCCGCAGCCGAAGCUUACGUGGCGGAUUACAUGAGAACCAUGCAGCACCAGUUACCCCCCUUGCCGUACGUGCCCCCUCCGCGCCUGUACACGGCCUCCGCCUAUGAAAACUUACCGACGCCGAGAUACUACGACGGUCUCCCCAUGCCGGACUAUCAGUCCCCUAGAGUAAGUUCUUAUAAUGACAAGAGGUCCUACGACAGAUCCGUGGACGAAUUUAUCUGGAGGAAUAGGGACAGAUCUAGGGAACGGGACAGGGAUAGGGAGAACCGACAUCGUUACAGGGACAGGCGGUGAAUCGAAAAAGACUUAAGUUAAAUGUUCUUAUUUUAAGCAAAUCGAGUUGCGUAUAAACGAUCUCCAUCAAGGAAACAUUUGAUUAAUCUCAUUUGGGGAUUUCUUUAUUUUUCUUAUUUCCUAGUUGCGAUUCGCAAGAAAAAUACACUAUCGGAUCGCUGUGUCCCCACCAUGUAAAGUAAAAAAUAAAAAUAUUAGCCCCAAGUUGUUGUUGGAAACAUCGCUUUUUUGUAUUUUAUUGUAAAAGUACUAGACCUCGGGGUAACUCUUUUUUGAAAGUUGUAUAUAAAAAGUUUGUAUCGAUUCCGCUGUACAUAGGGCCGUUUUUGUACAUAGAAAAUUGGUGAGUAAUAACAAAAACUUUCACGUUUCCAAUUAUCGAAAGCACGUAUUGAUCGGUGUAUUAAAUUUUCCCCCCCUUAAAUGUGAAUUUUUUGUAUUUUUUAAUUUGGUUUUUUUUUUAGCGAAGGGCUGGUUUCGCACUAGCUACAAUCUAAAUAUACUUGCGAACUGUAAAAUAUAUUUCUUAUAUUAAAGCUAGUGCCCUGGUUUUUAUUAAUUGUU